AUGAGAGAAGCAGAGUCCUCUGCUUUUGGGGUUGUGGUGAAUAGCUUCACUGAAUUAGAAGGUGGCUGUGCUGAAGAGUAUGAAAAAGCUAUAAAGAAAAAAGUGUGGUGUGUUGGACCCGUUUCGCUCUGUAAUCGAGCUGUUUCAGACAAGUUUGAAAGAGGGAACAGGGCCUCAAUUGACGAGAAAACUUGCUUAAAUUGGCUAGAUUCAAUGCAGCCAAACUCAGUCCUCUACGCCUGUCUUGGAAGCCAAUGCAGGUUGGUCCCUUCACAAUUGAUAGAACUCGGGUUGGGUCUAGAAGCCUCAAACCACCCAUUUAUCUGGGUGAUAAAAAUAGGGGAGAGAUUUGAAGAGUUGGAGAAGUGGUUUGUUGAAGAAAAGUUCGAAGAGAGGAUCAAGGGUAGGGGACUUUUAAUUAAGGGCUGGGCUCCACAGCUCUUAAUUCUCUCUCACCCAGCAACUAAAGCAUUUUUAACACAUUGUGGCUGGAACUCGACCAUUGAAGGGGUGUGCUCCGGGGUGCCACUAGUAACGUGGCCCAUGUUCGCAGAGCAGUUCUUUAAUGAAAAACUGGUUGUUGAAAUUUUGCGGGUCGGGGUCCGGGUGGGGGUGGACGUGCCGUGA